AUGAGAUGCUCUUACAAAACCUGUUUGAAAUUGGAAACUACCGUAGAUUUACCAACAGCAGAAAAGUUCCCGGAUAAUGCAUCUCAUCCACUGUUCCAAACGGCAAACAAAACCAGUGGCCCGAGCUUACCCCCAAACAGGACAGUGAAAAUGGCGAGGCAUAUUCUCUGCAACCUUCCGCCAUCACUCCCUCCACCGCCUCAGCCGCCAUCUCGGCCGAGAUCAACCUCACUCAGAUCGCCGGAGACAAAUUGUUCACAGAAAAUUCGGCGACUCACUCGAGCUCUGAGCUCCGCUAUAUUACCGCUAGCACUUUCCCUAGGGCUUUUCGGUGCUUCUCCUCCAGACGUAAUCUCGCUUGAAUUAACCACUCCUCAAGAGGAAUUAGUUUGUGUUGAAGACGAAAUUUAUGCAGACAGCCUAUCCACGUCGCAAGUGGCGACGAACGAGGAGAUCGUCGGAGAAGCCUGGCAGAUCGUGAACGACAGUUUUCUCGACGCCGGCGGCCGGCGCCGCUGGUCCUCCGAUUAUUGGCUUAAAAAGAAGGAGGACGUGCUGGGCUCCCCAAUACAGGCGAGGUCCAGGGCUCAUGAGAUCAUCAGGCGAAUGUUGGCGAGUUUAGGAGACCCCUACACUCGCUUUCUGACCCCUGCUGAGGUAAUCGCCCUCGAUUUUGAUCUUUCAUUUGUUCAAUUUCAUUUUUCUUAUUCCAUGGCAUGUAUUGGUCCUGUCGUUGAAUCGAAGUUCUCAAAGAUGGCGAGGUAUGAUAUGACUGGGAUUGGGAUAAACCUAAGGGAGAUUCCAGAUGAUAAGGGGGAGAUAAAGUUGAAGGUAUUGGGACUAAUUUUGGAUGGUCCUGCCCACUCGGCUGGUGUUAGACAGGGUGAUGAACUGCUGUCUAUUAAUGGGGUGGAUGUGAAAGGAAAAUCAGCAUUUGAAGCUUCAUCCAUGUUACAAGGCCCCAGUGAAACACUUGUCAAUAUCACGAUCAAGCACGGCAAUUGUGGACCUGUCCAAUCAAUAAUGGUUCCUAGGCAAUCUAUUGCAAAGUCUCCAGUUUUUUACCGACUGGAGCAGGUUAAGAAUGGUUCAAAUUCAGUUGGCUACGUACGCCUCAAAGAGUUCAAUGCUUUGGCCAGGAAAGAUUUAGUUAUAGCAAUGAGAAGACUGAAGGACAUGGGCGCCUCCUAUUUCAUCCUUGAUCUUAGAGACAAUCUUGGUGGACUAGUGCAGGCUGGCAUUGAAAUUGCUAAACUCUUCCUCGACAAAGGGGAAACAGUAACUUACACUGUCGGUAGGGAUCCACAGUCCGUAAAAAAUAUAGUUGCCGAUACCUCACCUCUGUUUAGUACUCCUCUUAUUGUUUUGGUAAAUAAAAAUACAGCUAGUGCAAGUGAAAUUGUUGCUACUGCACUUCAUGAUAACUGUAAAGCUGUUCUUGUCGGUGAAAGGACGUAUGGAAAGGGAUUGAUCCAAUCCGUGUUUGAGCUUAAUGAUGGGUCUGGCGUGGUGGUCACUAUCGGCAAGUAUGUCACGCCGAAUCAUAUGGACAUUAAUGGAAACGGUGUCGAUCCUGAUUUCCGUAAUUUUCCGGCCUGGAAUGAUGUCACAAAAUACCUGUCAGCAUGCCACAAGCCGCAAGAAGGAUAAUUCCAUUCUAUUUUUGCCGUGUUGUUUUUCGCCUUGUGAGUUUGUUUCUUUUGACUAAACUUAGCUUAUUUUCAGUAUUUUCAUGCUUCCAUUGAAGUUUGUUUGUUUUUUAUUUUUAUUUUUAUUUUGGGUUAAUU